AUGGUAAAGAAAGGUUUGGGUUCGCCCUCUGCAAAGAGGACGAGGGUGGCUGUGCAAAACAACGCGCAGACUUUGGAUAGUGCAGGGGUUCCCAGCGUUAACACGCCUGAUAUCCCUCCCGAUCCAGGAGAGACAGACAACCCCGACACAUCCCCAGGUCCACCAGGAGACCUGGAUGCGCUGGGCCCUUCCCAAUCCACGACCACGGUUGUACCUGCUGUGGUCGCACCUCUUCCCCUUGAGGAAGACCCACCCAACAUGCCAGUUGGACCUGAUCCGUUCGCUGAUGCGCCUGGUUCCCCUGAUCCUCUCAGAUCGGGUGAAGCGUUAGGGCUUGGUGAUGGCCCUGACAACUCAGUUGAAGUUGUCAAUGCUAUAGAGGACUUACGGGCUUGGAUUUAUCACCCUAGCCCUGGAUUGGCUGGAAGCCAAAUCCCUCUAAACUCACCCCAGUUUGAGGCAACAAGUGUGCCUCCACCCGUACCAGUCAGGGGACGGGACAGAGAACCCAUCCAGCGACGAAACUCACUGGUGGACAAAGUCUCUGCUGAUGAAGACUAUGUCAGGACGACCACCUACCGCCCUGUGCCCGGGCAUCCCAGUGUGAGGAUGACGACAUACAUCCCUCACGCUGAUGAACCCGCACCUGGGAGUUCUUCGACCCCAUCACCAAAGAGAAUCCCUUCUUAUCUGAAGGGAAAGAGUGUCAAUUGGGGCCCUCAGGGCCUGCCUGUUGUCCUCAGAAGGACACAGCCACUUCCUCAGCUGCUUCCUGCACCUGAAGCGCCCAUUGUUUUGGAAAGUUCAACGGACGAAGGGGAGACUGAUCGCGAUCUGCGAUUGACCUGGAACCUAUGUCACGGUUCCGGGCCUGCCCUCGUCAUGAACGCACAGGGCAAAAUAAAGAAAAAGCAAAGAACCAUCUUUGCUCCCUGUGCACCUAGUGAGACGUCCGUGGAAUAUGGGACACAGAUGGAUGGCGAUGCUGUCUACAUGCACAGACCUGAAGGUCUGGACAAUCAUGCCCGGGAGAUCAGAUGUAGGCUAGGUUCCUACAGUCGAUUUACCACGCAGGACCCACAAAGUGGGGCCCUUGAAAGAUUAGGCCAAGAUUGGCCCAGUCGGGUGGAUGCCCAACAAAUUCCUCUCAGGGCAUCGAGACAAGAAAUCUCGACCCCACAGCCAACCAUCCGUACCCUCCAAGACCCUCUUGGAGGGGCUUCACAUCCCAUAGUGGUUUCCCCAGUAAAGAGGGAAAGGGAGCCUAGCUCCCAAGUUCCAUGUGUUGCAAGCUCUGUCCACCCUCGGAUGGUGAGCUCAACUAUCCCCCAUGACGGAUUCGUUGAAUCCACUCUCAGGUCUUAUUCAAGGGACCUGAGUAGUUUGUCCCCCAGUGACCCUGAGGGAUUCAUGGAGGAGCUGGUUUGCUGA